GUAUUACCUAUGUUCCUACGAAACGACCCCUAAUUGCAAAAACGGGUCACUCAUGAUUACCGGUCCGGGUCAAUCUGGAUCAAGCCCGUAAUCAAACCCGACCCGGAUUUGCGCGCAAUUAUUCCUUUCCUCUUCAAUCCCUCACCAUUUCUCAUUUUCCCUCAUUUCAUUACACUCAACAAAAAGCCAUGCCGGACUCCGAAGAGCAACCACCGCAAUCAACGCCGUCCACGGCGGCGCCCACCAACACCACCACAUCGCCACCACCAAUCUACAUCCAUCCCCGCCGUGAACCUUUCGAACACGGCCUCCUCCCUAUCCCUAAACUCAUCUUCACCGACGGAGCUCAAUCUCUCCUUCCAAUUCGCGACAAACUCUUAUCCUUAUCCUCAUCCACUUCGGGAUUAAAGCUGAAUCGAGUUAAUUGUUCAUCGAUUACGGAAUCGCUACAGAUCUCAAAUGAUCAUGCGCGGCUUGUAAUUGAGACAAUUGCGUCGGUUUUACAUGUUGAUUCUGAUCCGUGUGUGAAAGCGAAGGCGAAUGAGAUUGGUGAUGUAGGUGUUAAUGUGUAUGAUUUGAUGCUUUUUUUGUAUAUUCAGAGUUAUAAAAGGUUGCUUCCUAAAGGACAUAAGGAUUCUGCUGCUGUUGCUGAUGUUUGGCCUUCUACUUCUGCAUUUGACGGGUUUUUAUCUGCGCUUACGCCUUUGCAGCUUGUGCGCAGCAAUAGUCGUCGGUCUAUGCCAUCACAGGCUGAUGAAGAGGCUCAUCAGUUAUCCUAUUUACAGAAACACUUGGGGAACAUUCUGUCUCUUUUGGCAGAGUCCGUCGAAGGAGAUGGUGAAGAAUCACUGGUUUUGUCUAUGGAGAAAUUGGAGCAUCUUGGCUUCCUGAUCUUUUUUGGUGAAAAGGGAUCAGAGAAGAUCCCAUUGAGUCAGAAUGCCCCAUUUUUUGCCAAUUCAGAUCCAGAGAUGCCUGCUGUUCCUGUUCCUGCAGCUCACGUACAUGACUGGCUUCUAGAAAAUAUAGCUGCUGCUUUGACACGAAUUACUGAGAGAGCUUCAGCAAAGGAAAAUGGUCCAACCAGUGCCCCUGAUCAGGAUGUGCCAAUGGCUGAUGUCUCUGCAAGUUCAGUUAAGAGUUCACCAAGUCCUAGAGGUCCAAGUUCCAUUGAAGGAAUUUCUAAAUCAUCAUAUGUAAGGCUACCAAAUGAUAUUAAAGGCUCAUCUGUAAAGGUUAUCAAUUGUCAUGAAUCAGUCAUUUAUGUUUUAGCUCCUUUGAAAUAUGCGACAGUAUAUGGAUGCUCUGAUGCAACUAUUGUCCUGGGAGCUGUAGGCAAGGCUGUCAGAAUUGAGCACUGUGAACGUGUACACGUGAUUGCGGCAGCAAAACGUAUUUGUAUUGCCAAUUGUCGUGAAUGCAUAUUCUUCUUGGGAGUAAACCAAACACCGCUUCUUGUUGGUGAUAACCAUAAAUUGCAGGUGGCUCCAUACAAUACCUUUUACUCGCUACUGGAGGCACACCUGAAUCAAGUUGGUAUUGACCCGACCGUCAACAGAUGGGAUGCCCCUGUAGCUCUUGGUGUCGUUGACCCACAUGAUUCACUGUCACAUCCUGCUGGUGUGUCUGAUGUUCAAACUGAAUCUGCUAGUCCUGUGGACCCUGAUCAGUUCACGAACUUCUUGAUUCCAAACUGGUUUGAAGGGCAGCAAUCUGGUCCCACGAAAGAUAAUCCAUUCCCUUUACCAGAUGCUUAUUUGGCAUCUCAACAGAGAAAUCACAAAAGCUUGGAGGAAACUAAGAAUAUUUUGAAGGACACCGAGCUUGACGAGAGCCGGAAGCGCGAAGUAGCAACUGCUCUCCAUGUUUGCUUUAAAGACUGGUUAUAUGCGUCAGGAAAUAUACGACAACUAUACUGUCUUCAAGGCGAAUAGUGUUCUGUGCUAUGUUUCAGCAAGUGUAGUAAGGAUGGUAGUGGUAACUCUCCCCUUCCAUUGUAGAUUUCAGUUUCAUCCCCCACAUUUCCUCCCUGCCAUUUUCGUUGGUGCUGAAAGCAGCUGAGAGUUUGAUGCUAUCGCAACAUUUGCCCGUGCAGCUUACAAACAAGUUACCCUCUUGAACUCUUGUGCAGCUUACAACCAGAAUGCUUCAGGACUUGAGCCGUAUUGCUAUUUAUUCUCGAAACUGAACUGUCUUGUACUAAUAUGGAAGUCGUAAUAUUUAGAUUUCAGUUUCCAUCUUUUCUUUCGUCAGUCUUACUAGGUUCUGAACUUUAGCCGAGAAUUAAACUGUUGUUAUUUAUUUUGUUUUGUUGUUUGGGUUCCUGUAUACAAAUAAGAGAUGCAGAUCACCAUGCUGGGUAAGUUUAGAGAACAGUACUUUGUAGAAUUGGUGACUGGUUUUGCCUUGCAGGUAAAAACUUUGACACGGGCGGAGCUACUAUUCUGUUUACGGAUUCAGCUGAAUCCUGUAGUUCUGAAUCAAAAUUUGUAUUUUGUGUUUUUGUGUUUUAA